AUGUGUGUAAAAUCUAACAGUUUCUAACCUAUUUUUGUAAUCUACUUGAUCUUGAAUGCGUGUUUUGCAGAAAUCUAACUUAUUGAUGAAGAUUUUGUAGGUCCUAUUGUUUCUGAUGAAGGUAAAUCAAAAAUAAUAAUUGUAAGGUUGGUAUUGUUGGAAUGUUGAUAGUUGUUAGAAGACAUAUUGUGGAGGAUCAGCUAUUUUUGGCGGUUAUAAUGGAUUUGAUUAUCAUACAUAGAUUUUUAAAACAUUUGAGCUGCUGCCUCCACAUUAUUAAAUUGGUAUCAGAUUUAAAUUUUGGAGGUUGUGUAAUAUAUUAUCUAUAUAGGAUUGACUAAUGGGAUUUAAAUGAUCAAUUUACCAUAUAUGUUGAUAAUACCCUAGUUCAUAAAUAUAUAUACUCUGACAUAGAUAGUUCAUCAAAUAUUUGUGGAUCUAAUGAUUAUGAUUCAGUGAUUUAAUUUGAUUUAAUAGUGGAUCAUUUUAGUACUUCAUCAAUAAUUUUAAUGACAACUUUAAAUGGUGGAUGGUGGGGUAUUUCUGAAUUUAGACAAUAUGUUCUAAAAUGUCCUUUUGGGUGUGGUUCCUGCAAUUUAUAUUAUUGUUUUAACUAAGUGUUAUUUUUGGAGCUAUUUAAUAAGAGGUUGUUUACUAUUCAAAAUUUGUAAGGAUGGUAUCAUAGUGGUAAUUAAAUAACAGAUAUCAAUAGUAAUUGGUGUGGUAUGUAUUUAAAUAAAUGAAUUAAUAGGGUUUGAUAGCCAAUAUUCUCCUGGUGAUUAUCUUACAAAAUCUUUCAUUUUAGGAAAUCAUUUUGCAGUCAGUUUCUAAUUAAAGGUGGCAAUUUUUUAUGCUAUCAAUACUAAAGUUAAUGUUGAAAUAGAUGACAAUAUAAUAUCCACUUCUGAAUUGAAUCUCUAAGUACCAACUUACAUAGAUGAUGGCUGCGGUAAAAUUUUAAUCUUAGGUCAAAUAAAUAUUUUUUAAUAAGAGCAUACGAAUAAUGUUUUAACAAUUAAAAUAGAAGUAGUUUUAUCAAAUUAUUAUGAUAGCAGGGUAAGGUUUGGAAUAAGAGACUUUUAAUUAUUUAUUAAGCCUGAUUUAGAUACUUAUUCAAAUAUUAAUUCAUUUGAUGAAUUUUUUACUUCUCAGUUAAGUUGUAUUUAUGGAUGUAGUAAUUGCAUAAAGGGGAUCUGCUUUUAAUGUUAAGAGGGAUGGGAAUAUAUAAUUUAAAUAAAAAAUUGUGUUCCUUUAUGGGGGGAUUCAAUAAUUCUUUAAUAUGAAAAAUGCGAUAUUGGGAAUUUUAUUCCUAUUGAUGGUUGUCAACUUUUUAAAUUUGAAUGUUCUUAAGAUUGUUUAAAGUGUUAAUUUGGUUAAUGCUUAGAAUAUUAGCAAUCAAUAAUAUAGAUGAAAAGUGAUUGCAUCUUUGAUCCAACAAACUUGAAUGAAUAUAAACUUAAAGAAAGUAGUUUUGAUCCUUAUUUUAUUAAUUUUAUUGAUUAAAGUUAUUAUGAUAACUUUUUGAAUUUAAGAUAAUCUUAAUAAACUAUUGGAAUUGUUCAGAUUUGCAACCUAAAAGAGCUUGCAAUAUUUGGAUUCCACAUUUAAAACAACCUCUAAAUUUAAAAUUGUGAUAAAUAAUUAUUCGAUUAAUGCUUGAAAUGCUAGCUCUUUUAUUAAUUGAGUUUUAACAAAUAGAAAUGUAUACCUUAUUGUAAUGAUGGGAUCAAAUUAUUGGAUGAGAUUUGCGAUGAUAACAAUAAAAUUCAAUUUGAUGGUUGUUACAAAUGUUAAGAGAGUUGCUAGCUAGAAUGCUAAAUCUGUAUACAAGCUUACUGUUAUGAAUGUCAAGAUGGCUGGAAACUUUUGGAUCACAGAUGCUAUCCUUAAUGUGGGGAUAAUAAAGUUGCAAAACUAUCCUCUGAAUAAUGUGAUGAUGGUAACUAUGAGCCUAAUGAUGGAUGUUAUGAAUGCAGAUUUGAAUGUGAUGAGAAUUGCCUUAUAUGUGCUUCUAAGGACUUUUGUUCUCAAUGUUUAGUUUAUUUUGAAGAGAUUAAGAGUAAAUGUAUGCCUAUUUGUGGUGAUGGAUUUGUGGUUCCUUUAUUAGAAGAAUGUGAUGAUAAAAAUUAGACCCCAUUUGAUGGGUGUUAUUAAUGUUAGUUUUAAUGUGAAGAGAAAUGUGAUAAAUGUGAUAAGGGAAAUUGCAUUGAAUGUCAAAAAGGGUAUUAAGUGGAUGAAAAUUAAAAAUGUUUAUUAAUCAAAUCAGGAUAAGUAGAAGAUGAAAAAGGUGAUGAAUAAUAAUAAAUAUGUGGAGAUACAAUAAGGCAAUAAAAUGAAGGGUGUGAUGAUGGAAAUGAUUACAGUUAUGAUGGAUGUUCAUAAUCGUGUUAAGUUGAAGAUAGUUGGUAAUGUAACGAAGAAAUACCGAAUAAAUGCUAUCGUAAUACUUAAUUUUUUCUUACAUUCCUCAACAAAACUUAUGAUAAUCAAUAUGUAAAUUUAACUUUUAGUUAAAAAGUUAAGUGGAUGGGAGCUUUCUCAAAUUUCACUUAAGCAAUCUUAACUGAAAUAAAAGGGGUCGAAACUAAAAUAUUUAUUACUCCGAUAACUCAAAUAGACAAACAAAAAUCGAAUGACCCAGUUUAUUAAUUGAAUAUCAAAAUUUUAACUUCUACAUCUAUACCACCAAUCUUGGUUAUAAGUAUUUAGGAUGGUAUUGUAGAUGAGUAUGAUUUUAAUUUAGCUUUGACCUCAUAAGAACUAAAACUCAAAACAGCAAUAAUAUUAUCUAAUUCUCAAAUUGAGAUUGCAAAUAAAUUCUCAAAGAUGGGAAAUUAUAUAAUGAUUGGCUUAGGAUGUAACAGUGUUUUGAUGUUGCUCUUAGGGGAUCCCUAAUCAAGCCUGGCAAUUUUCGAUAUUCUCUAAUUUUAAUCAUAUUUGCGGUUUAUAAAUAUAGAAUUCCCCUAAAAUAUUUAAAUUUAUUUUGAAUCCUCUGAUUUUGUAACAUUAACACCUGUUUUAGUCAAAUUGAAUAUUUUUGACCUUUUUAAUAAUUUAUUUGGAUAUGAACAUCUGGACAGCAUUGGAAAAUUUUAACAAUAUCAACUUAAUGCAGACUUACUAACGAAUAUUUAUGGAUUAAUUACAUAAAUAAUCCUAUUUUUUUGGCUAUUCAUAUUUCUUAUUGUUUAUAGAAAAUUCUUCUUUCAUAAAUGCUUUUCCAUCAAACAAAUUGACUAUGUUAGAUUAGCAAAAUCAACAGCUAUUGAAUCACUAAUCAUAAAAUUGUAUAACAUUAAUAAAAAAUUUUUACAGUUAAGUAAUCUUUACACAAAAAAAGGAUUACUUCAAUUAUUUUAUGCUAACAAUUGGGAUUUGCUUUUUAAAGUUAUUUUAUAUAUAGUUUCGAAUACAUAAUCAGGUUAUAGAUCUUUGUUCUCAAAUUGUAUUUGUUUUGGGUACAUUGUGUUAUUAUUUUUUUUAUUGAUAUAACACUUUAGAAAGCAAAAUUAGAAAGUUGUGAUAGCUGAACUAAGGAGUGAAUAAUAUGAAGGCAUUGUUCUGCUCAAAAAAUUUUUAUUCCUUAUUGUUUUAGAAGGAAUGUAAUACAAUUCUUUAUAUCAAUGUACUUUGCUCGCUGUAAUCUUAUUUGGCUAUUUAUUAUUCAUUACAUUAAUAAGAUUUUAAUCAUCAAGCUUGGAUCUUUUUGUAAUAUAUUUAUUAGAGGCUCCGAUAAUUAUAUUUACAUUACUAAGUCUAUUUUAUUGUUCUGAUUUUUAAAAUAAAUUGGAUGGCGAUGGUAAAAUUUAAUUGGCAUUUUAUUAGAUAGGUUUUUUAAUCUUUGGUUUAUUGGGCCCUUUAAUUAGAAGUAGUAUUUAAUUUUAUCUGAAGAUCAAGAACUAUAUAUUGGAGAUGAGAUAGCCAAAAACAUCGUCAGCUAUAAAUAUCUUCACAGUUGCAAAUAAAUGA